AUGCGGGCACCUAGCGGCUACACGCGCGCGGGCCUCAUGGGCACCGUGCUGAGCUUCAGCCCGCGCGAGCGGCGCCCGGCCGCCGCCGCGCCGCCGCCGGACCGCGCCGCGCUCGCCUACUCCUACGAGCGGCUCAACAAUGCCAAGAACAGGGAGAACCGCGAAAUGCCGCGCGACGAGCGCCGCGCCACCCUCGACGACGCCGCCAAAAUAAUCUCCGAGAAGACCGCCCUCGAGAAGAACCUGAAAAAGCACUCGCUGUUCAUCAACGCUCUUUCGUGGAAGCGGUUCUCGACGGCGAACAAUAACAAGAAGAAACUGGAAUGCAAGAGCAAGAGCGUAGCGACGUUCCGGCCGCCCCUUACGGACAAUGCACCACUGGACAGAAACAAGAAUUUGAGCGUGCAGGGUACGGUGUACGCGCGGCCGACGCCGGUACCCGCUCCGCUGCCGCCGCCGCCGACGGAGGUCGCGCGCGCGAACGCUCUCAACAACAAUGUGUGCUACACGGAGAAGCUACCGACGACGGUGGUCGGCCCGGUCGUAGCUCCGCGAAAGACAGUCAUACAAGCGUCGACGUCGGAGCUGCUCAAGUGCUUGGGCAUGUUCCUGCACUCGCGGUGUCACCGGCUGCGCGACUUCCAAGCGGGGGAUGCCGUCAUGUGGUUGCGAACUGUGGACAGAUCGUUGCUCUUGCAGGGAUGGCAGGAUGUGGCCUUCAUAAACCCAGCAAAUGUGGUGUUCGUGUACAUGCUCGUUCGGGAGUUGGUAGACGGCGAGCGGAUCGCCCGCCCACAAGACCUCCAAGCCGUUGUCCUCACCUGCCUUUACCUCUCAUACUCUUACAUGGGCAACGAGAUCUCCUACCCUCUCAAGCCGUUCUUAGUCGAAGACUCUAAAGACAAAUUCUGGGACCGGUGCCUGUUGAUCGUCGAUCGAUUGUCCUUCAAUAUGCUCAGGAUCAACUCUGAGCCUGGUUUCUUUACUGAAGUGUUCACGGAGUUGAAGGCCUGCGGGACGGUGGAGAGCCCCCCGCCCGCGCCCGCGCACCCCGCCCCUCCGCCCCCACACGCCAUCACAGCCGCCUGACACACGGAGGUGGCCGUGCUGAGACUAGCACUCACUGACCGCCCAAGCCGGGUGUGAUGUCGGCUUUUCAAUACUCAAGGUCUUGGUCAAUCGUCCUCCAUUUAAAUAAAGGUCAUGUCAGAUUGGAAGAUCAGACACGUCAAGACAAAGCAAUGUGUAUAAGAAAAAUAGAAAGACAUAAGUUAGAGAAUACAAGAUUUUUUUUAUUAUUUUGUUUAAUAGUAAACGAUCAUAGAGAUGCGAUAGAAUUGAAGUUACUUUUUUAAUCAGGGUUGAAGAAUUAGAACUGAAAUCUUAUUCUAAUAUGAGAGAGAUGAGGGAUCUUUUCAAAAAAUUUACAAAAAUGUCUGUGAUCGGUGAUUAUUUUGCUUUACACAGUGCUCCGUCGUGAUGGUUUUGUAGAUUGAGAUUGGAGGGUAUCUUUCAACUGGUAUUAGGCUGACUUUAUAUCUGUAAGUUUUGCUUAUAUUACAAAAA